AUAGGCAACCCAAACUACACGUAAGUAACGUUCCGUGCGUGAUGUUUAUUAAUAUUUUUUUAUAAUAUUCCGUGAAAUGCGGAUAAACACUAGCAGAGUAAUCGGGGAAAUAACCAAAACAAUACGAUCGGGUGGUAUAACGAAGUGUAUAAUCAACAAAAAGGGGCAGAGCUGCCGAAUUCCUUGGUGAACGCCACGACGAUGCACAUUCAGUUCAUGUAUGGACUCGCGAAAAACUCUUAGCAAGGAGUUUUUGCGAUGGUAUCGUAUAUUUAGAACGCCAGUUGAAAAUGAAGCUCUAUUUAGUGAAAAAGCAACGCCGUUAAUAGUUAAUCCGUUUUUAUUAACCAUUGGGAUUGUACAGUUAUGGAUUAUGAUAGAGGGAAACGAGGGAGAACUCCUAACCGACGAUUUACAAAUAGAGGCUAUCGCAGAGGAAAUAUGAGAGGAAAUUAUUAUCCUUGGAGACCUAACUGGUCACAUAAUAAUCAUUAUAAUUCUCACUAUUCAUAUCCACCACGUCCACCAAAACCUGUAUCUCCACUUCCCGGUACAGAAGAAUACAGACAAAGAAACAUUCAACAAACUUCAGAAUUAAUUAAAAAACAACUCAACAUAGAUGGAAGUGUGUGUACUGAAGUUAAUGUUGUUUCACCCAACGAACCACAAACAGCCGAAAAUGUUACGGAGCAGAAGAAAGAAGAAACUUCUCAAUCAAGUGUAAACGUAGAUCAAAAGAAAUUGAAGAAUAAGAAAAAUCAAGUCGAAGAGGAAGCAAUUGACGUUAUAGAAAUCUACGAUAAAAUAAUUAAACACAUUUCGAAUAUGAGUUAUUCGAAAAAACUGAAUUUAAUAAAUCAAAGUAGUUCAGGUUAUGAUAUCGCGAUUCAACAGAUUCAAAAACAGAAACAGUUGGAAUUAUCAAAAGCUUUACGCGAUAUGAGUCAAAGACCUAUUUUGGAGACAGAUGAAGAAGUCAUUCAAUCAAUUAUUCCCGAUAUUGGGAUUAAAAUUGAAGAUUUACCAAAUGAUGUUAUCAAAGAAUUAUCGAAGACUUUACAAAUUAAAUUUGAAAAUGACGAAACUGACAUGGAGGUUGAAGAAUCAAAAGAGUCUCAAGUUAUUGAUAUGACAAUAAGUCCUGAGCAUAUUAAUAAAGAUACAAUUGUUAAAAACGUAAUUAGCGAAAAAACAAGUACAAAAGUUGAAGAUAAAUCGGAAAAAGAUGGUUUAAUUGAUAAUAUAUUCGAUUUUGAAUAUUUGAAUAAAACCGAGAAUUACGACGAUAAUUAUGAAGAAACUAAACCUGAAAUUGUUUCGGGAAUCGGGGAUGAAUCUGAAUUUUCAAUGGCUAAUAUUGAUGUUACUAAGUCUUAUUUAGAUAUGUCAAUGGGUUUAGAUUUUAAUAGAAGCUCUGGAUCUGGUGUAAUUCGUAUUAAAACUGAUAUAUUUCAAUCACCACAAAAAGAAAAAAUAAAGCUAAAUCUGUUGAAAAACUUACCAAACCCCAAAUUGUGUACUGAAAAUACAGAAAAUGUUUCAAAAAACAAUUCGAAUGAAAAUAAAAUUUGUUCUCCCAAACCAAUAUUAGAAAAAGAAACUCCAAAAGAAAAUUUGGUUAUAACAAAUAAGUCACCUAUAUCAAGGGACUCUCCAGGACCUUCAAACACAAAUAAUUUAUUAAAUCAAAACGAUUCAAAUCCAUCUAAUAAAUCAACAUUGGAAGAAAACAAAAUUGUUUCGCCCGUUUCAGCUUCAUUUGAUCGUAUUAUUCAAACUCAUUUUUCUCCUUUAAUACGUGAUGUUCAAACACCAACGAAUCAAUUAUUAACAACAGAACAACCUAAAAAAUGGAAAUCACCAGGUGAAAAGAAAAUGCUCCCUUUGGAAAAUAACCAAUCGAAAACGCCACCUUCAACGGAAUUAAAUCAAAUGAAUCAAGUAAAUCAAUCAAGUGAAUCAUCAAUAAAAGAAAAGGAGAUUGUAUCAGAAGAAAAAAAGCUUGGUGAAGAUAAAAAUGUAAUUGAUGAUAAAAAUAAAUAUAAAAAGAAAAAGAAACAAAAAACUGAAAAAAUCAAACCCGUUGAAAAUGAAAAUAAACAAUCAAAAAAUUCGAAAACAUCCCAAGAUAAUUUAGUUACUUUUAAGGACAUGAGUACCAUGGUUAAUUUUGAUGCGAAACAUAAACGUAAAAAGAGAAACAUUGAGGUUCAAACCGAUUCAGAUUCGAAUUUCUUAUUAAAACCAAAAGAAAUUAAAGAAAUAUCAACAAUGACCGAUUCAACCACCAAUUUAGUUACAGUUUCUGCACAAACACCAAUGAAAUUUUUUAAGAAAAACUAUCAAACCAAAUCAAAUCAAACUUUAUCAAUAAAUUGUAAAAGUAUUGAAAUCCAAGCAACAGAAAAAAUGAAAACAUCUUCAACACAAACAGAUUAUUUAAAAGAACCGGAUGAUCAAAAAAGAAAAAAUUGCGCGUUAUUAGCUCAAUUAAGAUUAAUGCAACAAAUUGAUGAAGAAAUUAGAGAAUUGUUAAUUAAAAAGAAAUCGUUGUAUGACAAUUUAGAAGUAUUAACUAAAGGUGAUUAUGCAUCUAAAAGUGAUAAUGGAACUAAAAGUGAUGUUUUAAGUAAAGGUGAUAACGUAAUUAAAGGUGAGAAUGUAAUUAAAGGUGAUCAUUUAGUUAAAGGUGAUCACUCAAUUAAAGGUGAUCACUUAAUUAAAGGUGAUCACUCAAUGAAAGGUGAUCACUCAAUGAAAGGUGAUCACUCAAUUAAAAGUGAUCAUUCAAUUAAAGGUGAUCACUUAAAUAAAGGUGAUCAUUCAAUUAAAGGUGAUCACUCAGCUAGAAGUGAUCACUCAAUUAGAGGUGAACAUGGAACUAAAGGUGAUAAUUCAACUAAAAAUGACAACGUAAUUAAAACUAAUAGAAAGAGAAAAAGUAGAAAACAAGAAAAAAUCAGUGAACAAACUAAAAUUGAAAAAGUAAUUGAUGAAUCACCAAAUAAACUUGAUCCGAUUAAAAUGAACGAAGAUGAAAAUAUUUUAAAACUCGCCGAAACGAAUCAAAUUGACUCAAAUAUAUCACAAAUCGAACAGGAAGUACAAGAUAUCACAAUGAGAAUGAAACCGAAAACUAAAGAGAUUAAAGAUAAAGAACGUAUUCCACAAUCUCCAAUACAAAAGGAACAACAAAAACCUUCCUCAACUUUAUCAUCAACAGAUACAAGUAAAGAAAAACCAUUAAAGCUUAGUUUAAGAAUUGAGAAAGAUGAAAAUAAUGUUAAAAAAUAUUCGUUAAAACGGGAUCGAAGUUUGAGUAAAGAUAAAGAUCAAAAAGUAAGUUCUUUAUCAACUGAAAUAAUCGAUGAAAUUGCUCCUGAAAUAAAUGUGCCGGCUGAUAAGCGUUAUAAGAUUAGUAAAGAUGUUGAAAGGUUGGUUUAUAAUGAUAAUAAGUUUAUGAAAAGGUGUUGUGUGAAAUUGAAACCGUUGAAAAGUAAUGAGUACUUUAAGGAUAAUUCGACGGAAAACGAGUAUGAAAAGACGUUGGAGAAUCUUGAAGGGAAUAGUCGUAGUCCGGGUAUACAUAAAGAAAUUCAUUCGGGGAGAAAUUCGGCGAUGUCGGAACAUCUUGGGGAAGUUUCGCCGCAUUCUUCUUGUUCGACAUCGUCGAAUAUUUCGGGAAAACCAAAGUCUAAAGUUAUUGAUAAGUUGGAAUUUAAGGGGUUGACGGGAUCAAUAUUUUCUUUAAAGGUUAUAGACGAAAAUUUAUUAGCAGCUGGUGAUAACGGAAUUCUUUACAUUUACAACGUAAUCUCUCAAGAAUUAAUGACAACAAUUCAGUUAUCUACACAAGCACUAACUUGUCUUCAUGUGACCAAAGCUUUUAAUAACAACGAGUGCCUUAUUUACGUUGGAUGUUUGGACGGUCAAUUGAGAAUUGUUAAUUAUACGAGUAAAGAGCUUGAUAAAACCAUCAACAUUGAUCGUCCGAUUCAAUGUAUGGACAUUUGUUGGGAUACGGUAUUUAUUGGAUCAACUUCGGGCGAUUUAACCAUUUACAAUACAAAGACGUCGAAAUUAGAAGAUUCCAUUCACAUUUUUGAUAAUAGAAUAUACGCAAUUAAAGCGAUGCAAGAAGGUCCAAGAAGAGUAUUAUUAAUCGGUACUAAAGACACAGAAUUAUCGAUUAGAGAUGCAAUGACAGGACUUUUAAUGCGCGAUUUUAAAACUAAUUUUUCACCAACGAUUUAUUCGAUUUUAUGUGAACAAAACUUGGUGUAUUGUGGUACGAAUCAACAUGAUGUUUUAGCGUAUUCAUUUCAGGAUGGUGAAUUGAUAAAAAGAUAUGAAGGAAUUGCAUCGAGACGUGUUAUUUGUAUGCAAAUAGUUAAUAAUCUUCUUUUUGUUGGUUGCUUCAAUGGUAGUGUAUGUGUUUUUCAUAAGACGACUCAUCAGUAUUUAGGACAUAUGAUUCGACCUGGGGAAUCUUUAUUGUCUAUGAUUAUAGUCAAUAAUAAAGUUAUUGUUGGACUAAAAAACAACAAAUUGGUUAUUUGGGACGUACCUGACGUUUAUUUAGAGAAAAAUAGGUAGAUAAUUUUUAGGUUCACCUUUUCUAUGGGUUGGUAUUGACACUGCCAUGCUCAACAUUUUUCAUCAUCUCCUUUUUACCAUAGACUAAGCAAAAUCAUCUCUUUAUUUUUACUUUUUACUAGAAAUGAAUUAAAAGAUAUAGUUCAAACUUAUUAAUUAAUUGCAAUAUUAUUCACGAUCUUGUAAAUAAAUCUCAUAAAUUUCGUCAGUUAAUUUAGUAAUUACAUAGAAGUAAUAAUAAAUAAACGCUGUAUGUGUGCCUUUUUUAACCAUCAAUUUUUGUACAGUGUAAAAAAUAUAGUAAAAUGUAAAAAAUUGUAUAAAAUAAUCGUUUAUUUAGAACUUCUUUUAGAAUCUAUGUACGAAAAUGUUUUUUUUGUAUUUUUUUCCUUUAAAUUCUAAACAUUUAAUAAAAAAAGGGAAACCCGAAUUGUUAA